AUGUCAUUGUCAAUGAAGAAUAUAAUCUACCUGAUCGGUGACUCUAUCAGGUCGACUGGAAAGUCACUCGAUAAGCUCGGUUGCAACCUGCAAGGCAACUACUCAUAUAUGGAGAACUUGAGCAGACACUCUAGAGUCACACCACUUAGAGGCAAGGUAGCAUCACUCGGUAAAGAGUCAUUCAUUGCACCAAGCUCCUGUGUCAUUGGCAACGUGGAGAUUGGCACCAAGUCAUCAGUAUGGUACAACACAGUGCUCCGUGCCGACGUCAACUCAAUCGUCGUCGGAAACGAAACAGUGAUCAGCGAUCGCACUGUUGUACAUUGCUCUAGCGAAAAUGGUCCCAAGGGCGCACAGCCCACCGUCGUCGGCAACCGCGUCUUUGUCGGUCCAGGAGCCAUCCUGCACGCUUGCGUCAUUGAGGACGACGUCUACAUCGGCCCAGGCUCCGCCGUUUUUGACGGUGCCGUCGUCGAGAAGGGCGCCCAUCUCGAGGCUGGCUCGCUGGUCACCGCUGGUAAGCGUGUGCCCGCCAACCAGAUCUGGGGCGGCAGUCCCGCUCGCUUUGUGCGCGAGAUCAGCAGCAAGGAGAAGGAGCAACACAGCCAACUCAUCAACGACAACUCGAAGCUGGCACAGGAGCACGAUGCUCAGACCUCCAAGCCGGCCACACAGCUGUACACCGAGCAGCGUGAGGCUUUCGCCAAGUCUCAAGCGCAGUCCGAAAGCUCUUAA